AUGGGCUCCCUGGAAAAGGAUACCGCUGUCUACGACACCGACUUCCCCAUCCUCCACAACCCUCGUCCAGAUGAUGUCUCCCUUCCCGCAUUCAUGGUCUCUACCACCCGUGGCUUUCUCCCACGUAUGGAUCCCGUCGUCAACUUACCUUCCGAGUUCGACCCCCUUGAAUGCAUCCUCCGAUGCAUGCCAGUCAAGACUGCUUCUGGAAAACCAGGCCUGCUCGCCAAGGGCAAGGGGCUGCUUGGCAAGGCCGUCCACAAGGAGCUGCCGGACUUGACCGAGUUUGUGGACAAGUAUAGGCAUGACCUACCGCUGAUGAACGCCCUGUAUCGGGACUACUCGUUCCUGGCGUCGGCAUACUUGUUGGAACCCUGCCAUGAGAGAUGCGAAUUCAAACCCUUCAUGGAAUAUGCCGGCUCGUAUGCCCUCUUCAACUACCGCCUUGUCGACCCCUCCCUCGGCUUCUCAUUCUCGGACCCCUCCAACGUCCGCCUCAUCCGCGCCUUCGAGAACGGCCUGGACCCUACCUCUUCCGAAGCUGGCUUCGUGCUCGUCCACAUUGACAUGGUCCGGCACUCCGGUCCGCUCGUAGCGGGCGCCGUAGCCUCUCUCGACGUAUGCCGAUCUGCCCUCUCCUCCUCGUCUACCAAUCCCGAGGCCAGACUAUCCGCGCGCCAAUCCCUCAACAUGUCCCUGUCCAAGAUGCUAGCCGCCCUGAAGAAAGUCAAUGCCACAAUGGAGACCAUGUGGAAGCGCUCCAAGCCCAACGAAUACACCUCGUUCCGUACCUUCAUCUUCGGCAUUAAGAGUCAGAGCAUGUUCCCCAACGGCGUCGUGUAUGAGGGUCUUCCGGGCUCAGACGGCAAGCCGCUCUCAUUCCGCGGCGAGUCCGGCGCAAACGACUCGAUGAUCCCUCUUAUGGAUAACUUUUUGCAGAUCCCUAUGCCUGACACGCCCCUGACCAAGAUUUUGGAGGAUUUCCGGUCGUACAGACCCAGCAACCAUCGAGCGUUUUUGGAGUGGGUGAAGAGGGGAAGCGAGGUGGUGGGGUUGAGGAACUGGGCGCUUGCUCUUGAUGAUGGUACGGAUAAUAUGAUAGAGGAAGAGAGGGACGAAGUGAGGCGCUCUCGGAGCCUGUGGAUUCAGAUGCUGAAUCAGGUCCGGGACUUUCGCUGGCGUCAUUGGUGCUUUGCUAGGGAGUAUAUCCUUAAGCAGACGAGCCAUCCGACGGCUACAGGAGGCAGUCCGAUCGUGACGUGGUUGCCGAAUCAGUUGCAGGCUGUGCUGGGGGAUAUGGUGAGUUUGUAUGAGGGGAUGGGAGGAGAUGAGGCGGGAGGCUUGGGUGAGGAGUGUAAGGAUAUUAUGGAUCUGGUGAGGAGACAGGACGAGACGUUGAAGAAGGAGGUAAAGAAGUUUUGUGAGGAGAGGGGGGUAUCCAGCGCUUAG